AGUUAGCAUUAGCCUCUAACUCUUGCUAGCUGGCAAAAUGUAAAAUGUAAUCAAAUUUAGCUUCAACUGGUUAUCAUCAAGUGCAACAUUAAUUUGAGAUUAUAUUUAGGAUAUCAUUCCUGUCAAAAACGUAGUUUUCUAUUUCAAACAGCUUCUAUUUUUACUGUUUAGUCGUCCAGUAAUAGUCCCAUGUGAGCCCCGCCGUGGUUAGUGGUUUAUAUUUAGACCGUGCGACGCAUGGGCGUUUGCGUCAUUGCAAUCCCGUGAACACGUCACUCAGAUGACGUUUGCUGUGAGCGCGACAUGAUUGGCUGUUGACCGGAAACUAUCCCCGCCUUCUGUUCCGUUUUAGGCGUCAUCCCGCCUUGUAGUCCUCCCAGCGCGAUAAAACAAGCAGCAGAUGGAGCCUUCCUGGUGAAUCUCAACAGAAGAGUGUGCGUGUGUGAGUGUGUGAGUGGGUGAGUGGGUGUGUGCAUCAGAGGUGGUUAGUUCACGCCCUUGGAAUACAUGAAUAACAGCAGAAUUUGGAUAUUUACAUGAAUCAGCAAUGCCCUGUGUUCAAACACAGCAUGCAUCCCUGGCCCACGACACCCACUUCAGCCCCGACUCGCUAAACCCUGACCUCAGCGCCGCGCUGGUGAUGGACAUCAGCGGGCAGAAGGAGCAGCUGUCGACAUCGUUGUUACCCAGCAUCAAUACCUUGGUGGGAAGUGGCUACAUUGGGGAGUUUGAUGCUUAUUCCUGCAAGAUCACCACCUUGCCUUCCACGUCUACGGUUUCAUUCAGUCACGCCUCUGUAGCUGAGACCUCCGACUGCCACAUGCAGAACCAAGCGUACAAGCUGGAUGACCUCCAAGUGUAUGGCUGCUACCCAGGCUCGUUUACACUCAGUUGCCUUGACGAGACGCUGUCAUCAUCGUGCGGUUCUGACCAUUAUGGCAGUCCGGGGUACAGCGCCACCGCCGCUUCCCCUCCCACAACAGGGUUUCAGACACUGUAUGCACCCGCAUGGGAGUCCACCACGUUCAGCCCCUACAGUUCAGUCCCCUCAAGUGAUAAACAGUCGCCAUUUUUCAGCUUCGCCCCCACACCGGAGCAGCAUUCUCCACCAGUGGUGCCUCGACAGGAUGCUCAAGACGAGACUUUCUUCCUGCCGCCUCAGCAGCAGGUGGAUUCACGUCACUGCCCCGUCAUGACCAUGGAGCAUGGCGGAAGGCUUGCGGAGGCGUCGGGCAAAAUUCACAACCCGGGUUUGAGCGAAGGACGCUGUGCCGUGUGUGGAGACAAUGCAUCAUGCCAGCACUACGGAGUCCGCACAUGUGAAGGCUGCAAAGGUUUCUUUAAGCGAACUGUGCAGAAAAAUGCAAAGUAUGUUUGCCUUGCCAAUAAAGACUGUCCGGUGGACAAGAGGAGGAGGAACCGUUGCCAGUUCUGCCGUUUCCAGAAAUGUCUUACAGUGGGAAUGGUCAAAGAAGUUGUUCGACGAGACAGCCUGAAAGGUCGCCGGGGUCGCCUGCCAUCCAAACCAAAGAUAGUGGCGGAGGCGACCUCCUCCACCCCGAAUGUCAACAUCAUAACUUCUUUGGUACGAGCCCAUUUAGACUCAAACCCGACCAUUGGGAAGCUUGACUACUCCAAGUACCAGGAGACGGUUGACAACGUGUCAGACAAGGAGGACGCCGGUGACAUCCAGCAGUUCUACGACCUGUUGAGCGGCUCGUUGGAGGUGAUAAAAACCUGGGCUGAAACCAUUCCAGGGUUCUCGGACUUCUGCACAGAGGACCAGCAGCUGCUUCUGGAGUCUGCCUUUGUGGAGCUCUUCAUCCUACGUCUUGCAUACAGAUCAAACCCAGAGAAAAACAAGCUGAUCUUCUGCAACGGCGUCGUCCUCCACCAACUCCAGUGCGUUCCAAGUUUUGGGGACUGGAUCGACUCCAUCAUGGAUUUCUCUCAGAGCCUCCACCGCAUGAACUUAGACGUGUCCCUUUUUGCAUGCCUUUCGGCGCUCGUCAUCAUCACUGAUCGCCACGGCCUCAAAGAACCUAAACGCGUUGAAGAUUUCCAGAGCAAUCUCAUCUCUUCCUUAAGGGAACACGUGAGUGGAAACAGAUCGGAAAUGAGCAGAACCCAGCCCAACUAUCUCUCUCGGCUUCUGGGUAAGCUGCCAGAGCUGAGGACUCUUUGCACUCAGGGCCUGCAGCGCAUCUUCUACCUAAAACUCGAGAACCUUGUCCCUCCUCCACCAAUUGUGGAUAAGAUCUUCAUGGAUAUCUUACCAUUUUGAAUGCAACUGAACACAAAGUUGAAGGAUUUUUUUUUUUCCGCUGGUGGUAAAUAACACUUAAAGAAGUUAUUUGCCACCUCAUAACGGAUAACCUAUCUAUAGCAGCUAUCUUUAAACAUGCAUGCAGAACCUUUUAACCAUAGGUACCCUAUGGAACAGUUAGAGGUGCGACACUCCAAAGAAGAACCACCGGUGUGCGGAUUGAUGUUGAGUGACAUAUCUACAUUUACGUGAUGUGAAAGAUCCGAAUAAGGUACUGAAAUGUUUUAAUACUUCAUAUUUGUGUGUACAAUUCUAAAAGGCCUUCAUUGCUGCGUUAAAUGUGUCAAUGUUGCCAUUCUAUGCAAGUAAAAAAAAAACCACAGUGUUAAAUAAUGGUUGCUGAAAUCAAACACGCUAAUCUCCUACAUAGCAUGUCGCUUAUUCAUGUUCACGUGUUCCAAAAUGGAAACUCAGUGAUUGUUGUGAAAGGGCCAACGUUUACACCUGUUUUAAUGAAAGCCUUAUGGCCUUAAGCUAAGCUAAAUGUUCUGACAUUACCCUCGGGUUGGUGAUGCUGGCUGGCUUCCAGCUGAAACAAUUUCUUGGUUUUGGAACCGAAUCACAUUUGAGAAACAUUGCAAAAACAACCGCCUUUAAGAUCAAGCGGCUCAAAGUCGGUUUUAUUCCCAAUACCACAAUCAUCAUUAUUCCAGGCCUGCACAAGCUGUGGAUUGCCUGAGGAACGCGUAUCUGAUAUGUGAGAGUAUCAAAUCAUGAGAAGUGAUUUGCAGCCUGGUUCAGAUUUCCCCCCCCGUGCCUUCAAAAACAUCUUUCACUGUCUGUUUAAUGAAGUCUUUUCAUAAUUGUAAUGUCAGAUAUUUCAAAUUCUUGGCAAAACAUUACACGGCUAAAUAUGAAAGUGUGUUGAAUAAUGUCCUUCUUCUGAUACUUUAUGUGCUUCGUACAUUUUAUGCUCUUUUUGUUCAAUGUUGACUCUUUAAGUAAAUCACAUCAAUUACAAGCAACAGGGGUCUUCUCAUACGGUGGACUUCUUUCUCCAUCGGUGGCGUCCACUUUGGGACGGACAGGGCUUUUCAACAUGUAUGAAU